UGGUAUUAUUAUAUGUAAUAGCUGUGCCUAAAGAUUUUAAUCUUCUAUCAACGCGCUUUCUUGCUGGCAUUUCACUCUCUCCUCUUAGCUACUUAUUCAUUUCUUUUUCUUUCUUUAUCAAUACGUUAUAUUAAUUAGCUUUCCACUACUAAUGAAUUAGCUAAACCUAAGCUCCUUCCGAGUAGUUGCUUUAGUUAGCCCACUAAUCACCAAAUUAACAUACUCACAUUAUGUAUAUAAAUACACCCUUUUCCCUUGUCUUCUAAACUCACACAAAACAAAGCAUAAUUUAAGAGUCUCUUCUUUUCUCUAAGCUCAGUAUAAUUAAAAAUGGCAUCUUUCGCCUCAGAAACUCUCACUUUCAUCUUCUUCAUCUCUCUACUCCAUUUGGGUUCAUCGGGGAGGAUUCUUUCCGACGAGUCUGACCAAACCCAACAGCCUCUUCCCUUUCAAUACCAUAAUGGCCCUCUUCUGUUUGGAAAAAUCUCCAUUAACUUAAUAUGGUACGGAAACUUCAAACCAACCCAACGAGCCAUUGUCUCCGACUUCAUUACCUCCCUCACUUCAUCUUCUAAAACCAACACAGACCAACCAUCAGUCAACACGUGGUGGAAGACCAUCGAAAGCUACCAAUACCACCACAAGCUGAGCAACUCCGUCUCGUUAGGAUCCCAGUUCAUCGACGAGAACUACUCCCUGGGGAAAUCGUUGACCAGUCAACAAAUAGUGGGACUCUCCAGCAAGGGCGGCCAAAAGGACGCCAUCAACGUUGUUCUGACUGCGGCUGAUGUGGCGGUGGAAGGGUUCUGCUCUAGUAAGUGUGGGACACACGGUGUGUCAUCUGGGUCGGGACCAGGUAGUAAGAGGUCCAAGUUCGGUUACAUAUGGGUGGGAAACUCGGAGAGUCAGUGCCCAGGUCAAUGCGCAUGGCCUUUCCACCAGCCAAUUUACGGACCACAAACACAGCCACUGAUUGCCCCAAACAACGACGUGGGUUUGGACGGAAUGAUCAUCAACGUGGCUAGCCUUUUGGCUGGAACCGUAACGAACCCGUUCGGAAAUGGGUACUUCCAAGGGCCGAAGGAGGCUCCACUUGAGGCGGCUUCGGCUUGUAGCGGUACUUUUGGGAAGGGGGCGUAUCCUGGAUACCCUGGUCAACUCUUGGUUGACCCCACCACUGGUGCAAGCUACAAUGCUCACGGUGACAAUGGCAGGAAAUACUUGCUUCCUGCUCUGUUUGACCCUUCCACCUCCACUUGUUCUACCUUGGUUUGAACAUACAUAAUUAAAUUACACACUGUAUAAAUAUAUAUCUAGAGAGAGAGCAUUGAUUUUUUUUUUUAAUUCUUUUUAUUAUUAUUCGACUAUUCAUCAUGUAUACUUGUUAUACCACCAUUAUAAUAAACUAUUGGUAUUAUUCUUUAUA